AUGCUCCACCUUUUCCCCUUCGUCUCUACCUCUCAAAAAAAUAAUACUCUACUCACUCUCUCUGCUCCGAGCUAUGAGCCAAUCCCACUCCACCAACGGCGGCGUCAGCAAUCGAACGCCUCCUCCGAUGAACGCCGCCGUUCACCGUGCAGCGGGUCAACCAGGUCUCACGAGGUAUGGUUCAGCCCCGGGUUCGCUCCUCGCUAGGGUAACCGAGUCGGUAAUAUCCGGCGCCGGAGAUGGGGGUUUUCGUACAACAAUCGGAUCGGAAAGCCAGAUGAGCAGAUUCUUUCCUCGAGAGUCUCCGUGUCUUGCAUCGGAUUCCGGCUGUCAGGCACCCGCUGCUGGAGGCGUGGCCUUGGGUGAGGUUGAGAUUCAGCGAAGUGGAGGCGGAGGGAACCAGGCGAGCAUGGGGCAUAGGCAGCCAUUUGACCUAGGGGGUGAUGCUUCUGCGAGGGAUUUUGUUUCGGCGGCUGCGGCUGUGGCUGCUGCUGCGGGGGAGGCUAGGGCUGGGGAUUCGCAUCUAAUGCGGCAACAUAGCUCCCCUGCUGGAUUCUUCUCGCAUCUAAUGGUGGAUACUGGUUUUGCUGCUACAAGUGGAACAAGAAGUUACUUCCAGCCAGGCAAUGAGAACACCAAUGUGCUGACGGGUAGAAGGCUGAAGUCCCAAUUAAGCUUCUCAAGGCAAGAUGCCGUGUCUCAGAUCUCUGAAAUUAGUAUCCUUGAGAUGGGAGAGAGCUCCGAUGAGGCAGGGGGCAAUGUUGAUCAAUCUUACGUGCCCAGCAGUUACCCUAUCAGCUCAUGGGAUGAGACCAACUCCAUAGUUUUCAGUACUUCGAAUAAGCAUUCCAGAGAUAAUGGAGACAUUAUUAGCACUCUCAAUAAUAUUGAUUCCCCGUAUGGCCUUCCUGGUACAUCAGUAGAUAUGUCUGUUGUUGAUAAGCUCCUUCAAAUUCAACAAGAUUCCGUCCCCUUCAAAGUUCGGGCAAAGCGCGGUUGUGCUACACAUCCCAGGAGUAUAGCUGAAAGGGAGAGGAGAACUAGAAUCAGUGAAAAAUUGAGGAAAUUGCAAGAAAUUGUGCCCAACAUGGACAAGCAAACGAGUACAGCAGACAUGUUGGAUUUAGCCGUUCAACACAUCAAAGGGCUGCAGAGCCAGAUUCAGAUUCUUAAACAGGAUCAAGCAAGUUGCACAUGCAUAAGCAAUGUUGAGAACUCAUGAAUCAGGAAUCUUAACAUUCUCUUCCUCAAUAAAUGUUUCAUGGCCUCUUACUUUCAGAAGGAUACACAUUCUAUUAUGGUUUGUUUUGUGGCAGUUUAUUGGAAAUAAUUCCUCAAGCAUCAGAGAGCGAAAUUUGUAAAUUUGUAUGAUCGAAUUAGAUUUGCAAUAUCUAAUUUUGUGAUGUAAUUUUCACAUUUAGCCACAGUUCUUGAUUGAUUUGUGUUAUACAGUAUCGAUCAGUCAAGGAUUUGCAUUGCAAUAUUACAAUUCAGAACAUUUAUGUAUUUAUUUUAACUCGCA